UGGCUCAACAUUAUAGAUCCUACUCGGCCAGAAAAAUCGAAACAAGGGAGCUUUACAAAUCAUUUUCCACCAGAAAGAUUCGAAAAGAGAAUCUCACUUCAGUGGUGAGAUGACAUGGCAAGAUUUGAUUGAUAGGGUCGCAUGCUUAUAGAUACCCAACAGUGUAAGGUCCACCAAUCAAAUCUUUCCACAUCAUCUCACCACCCAAUUUAGGUAUUACCUCAGAAAAUAUCUAAUCCGUGACUACGUGUAUGAGACCAUAGAUGAUGAAAUUAGUUGAAUGCCACACAACAUGGAUACCAUUUAAUAUUGAAUUUGGACCGUCAAUAAAUUUUUCAUAACUGCUCAUUUAUUUUGUCCUUGUGUGGCCCAACAUGUCUUUUUUGAAAAUUUGUUUGUGGGAACGUUGUUUGGAGCAUUAAUUCAGUUUUGAGUUUGUUGUUUAUUUCAUGCAGGAACCUGCAUCAGAGAUACAGGACAAGAUUUUAUUUAUGAUUAAUAAUAUUUCAGCUUCAAAUAUGGAUGUGAAAGCAAAAGAAUUUACUGAUGUCCUGAAAGAGCAGUACUAUCCAUGGUUUGCUCAAUAUAUGGUGAUGAAAAGAGCAAGCAUUGAGCCAAAUUUUCAUGAGCUGUACUUGAAGUUCUUGGGGAAAGUUAAUUCAAGAAUGCUGAAUAAGAAGAUUGUCAAAGCUACUUAUGAGAAUUGCAAGACACAGACGAAUGAGGUCCAGCCAGAGCUUCUACAAGGGAUCUUCAAGUACUUGGAAUGCAGUUUUGUCAUCAGGAACGUCGAACAACAAUUCAAAUACACUGAGGUGCUUUCGACUCCUUUAAAAAACCAACCAUCCACUCUUUUUUUCAACUUCCACAAAAAGAAGUGUGGUUGUAAGCACGCCAAUGACUACUAA